CCUCCCACCCCACCCCUCCACUCUAUGGAAGCCCGCUGGGAGAUUCCCGCUUGGAGAAGUCUGGAUUAUUGCUAGGAGCAGAGGUACCUUCAGUCUCCAGGGAGCCUUCCUCCUUACCUUCAUCUUGACCUGCAUCCCCGCCACCUCCUCAUCCCAGGCUGGGCUCCACCAUUGCCAAGGAUGCCUCCAUGGUGACACAUACAUCCUGUUUGUGCCUGGAUCCCAAGAAGUCAAGUUAGCCAGGCCCAGGGCCUAGGAACACCAAUCUCCACUACACCGGCCUGUCCGGCACCUCUCCCUUCCCCCCUCCCUGUGGGGCGCCCCCAGCCCCAGCCCCUCAGCUAGGAAGGGGGCCAGGGCCUCCCGGGUCUGAGUCCUGCCCCUGCCACUGCCGCCCUCCAGCCAGGGCCGUGUCCUCCAGAAACAUGAAGAAGAGCACUCAGGGCUACCUCUCCAACUCAACGAGCACCAUGGCCACGACCAAGGACUUUGGCUGCACCGUGAUGGAGCUGCGGCACCUCAUGGAGCUGCGCAGCAGUGAUGCUGUGGCCCAGAUCGACGAGCACUAUGGGGGUGUGCUGGGCCUCUGCGAGAAGCUGCAGACCUCGAAGGUCGAAGGACUGUCUGGGAACCCUGCGGAUCUGGAGAGACGCAAGCAGGUAUUUGGACAAAACUUCAUCCCCCCUAAGAAGUCCAAGACCUUUUUGGAGUUAGUGUGGGAGGCUCUACAAGACGUCACACUCAUCAUCCUGGAGAUCGCAGCAGUCAUCUCCCUGGGCCUGUCCUUCUAUCAUCCUACUAGUGAUGAAAAUGAGUUAGAGUGCGGGCAAUCCAAAAUUAGUGCGACAGAUGAAGGGGAGGCAGACACUGGCUGGAUUGAAGGGGCAGCCAUCCUAUUUUCGGUCAUCGUUGUGGUGCUGGUGACGGCCUUCAAUGACUGGAGCAAGGAGAAGCAGUUCCGGGGCCUACAGAACCGUAUCGAGCAGGAACAGAAGUUCACUGUUAUCCGCAAAGGCCAGAUAAUCCAGUUGCCUGUAUUUGACAUUGUGGUGGGAGAUAUCGCCCAGGUCAAAUAUGGUGACUUGUUGCCUGCAGAUGGGAUCCUGAUUCAAGGGAAUGAUCUGAAAAUUGAUGAGAGUGCCCUAACUGGAGAGUCUGACCAUGUCAAGAAGACAAUAGAGAAAGACCCCAUGCUCCUUUCAGGGACCCAUGUGAUGGAAGGGUCUGGCCGAAUGCUAGUGACUGCGGUGGGUGUGCAUUCCCAAACUGGAAUCAUUUUCACCCUUUUGGGGGCAUCCCAGACUGAUAAGGGGAAGAAGGAAAAACCCGGUAAAAAACAAGGAGCCCCUGAAAAUCGCAACAAAGCUAAGACCGAAGAUGGUGUGCCUCUAGAAAUCCAGCCCCUGAAGAGCCAAGAAGGGUUAGAGGAAGAAGAAAAGAAGAAGAAGAAGAAGGGGCCCAAGGAAAAGUCAGUGCUACAGGGCAAACUGACACGCUUGGCUGUCCAGAUUGGGAAAGCCGGUGAUCUUUUCAUGUCUGCUCUCACAGUUCUCAUCUUGAUACUGUCCUUUGUGAUCAACACAUUCGGGGUGCGAGGUCAGAGUUGGAACGCAGAAUGCAUCCCCAUCUACAUCCAGGGCUUUGUCAAGUUCUUCAUCACUGGGAUCACUGUGCUCGUAGUGGCUGUACCAGAAGGGUUGCCUUUGGCUGUCACCAUCUCGCUGGCCUAUUCUGUCGAGAAAAGGAUGAAGGAUAACCUCGUAUGUCACUUGGAUGCCUGUGAGACUAUGGGGAAUGCGACAGCCAUCUGCUCAGACAAGACAGGCACACUGACCUUGAACCGCAUGACAAUGGUGCAAGCCUUUAUAGGGGACACUUACUUCAAAGAGAUCCCCAGCCCAGAUGUCAUUGCGCCCAAUACCUUGGACCUCAUUGUCAAUGGCAUCUCCAUCAACAGUGCCUGCACAUCUAAGAUCUUGCCUCCAGAGAAGGAAGGAGGGCUUCCUCGGCAGGUGGGCAAGAAGACAGAGUGUGGCUUACUGGGCUUUGUCGAAGACCUGAACCAUGACUACUAGGCAAUAAGGAACGAGAUGCCAGAGGAGGAAUUCUAUGAAGUCUACACCUUCAAUUCAGAGCGCAAAUCAGUGAGCACAGUUAUCCAGAACCCAGAUGGGACUUUUCGAAUGUACAGCAAGGAGGCUUCAGAGAUGAUCCUGAAAAAGUGCCUCUUGAUCCUGGACAAGAAUGGGGACCCACACACGUUCAAGUCCAAAGAACAGGAUAGUAUGGCACGCUUUGUGAUUGAGAAAAUGGCCUGUGAGGGUCUUCGGACCAUCUGUCUUGCUUACCGGGACUUUGAAGAGGAGCCUGACUGGGAAAAUGAGUCUGAGGUUCUCGCUAAGCUGACCUGCAUUGCUGUGGUUGGCAUUGAAGACCCUGUGCGCCCAGAGGUACCUGCAGCCAUCCACAAGUGCAAAGUGGCUGGCAUCUCUGUUCGGAUGCUGACAGGAGACAACAUCAACACAGCCCGAGCUAUUGCCGCUAAGUGUGGCAUCCUGACUCCUGGUGAAGACUUCAGCUGCUUAGAGGGCAAAGAGUUCAACCAACUUAUCCGAAAUGAGAAGGGCAAGGGCAUUGCAGGUACAGAUGUGGCAAAGGAGGCAUCAGACAUCAUUCUAACAGAUGACAACUUUACCAGCAUUGUUAAGGCAGUGAUGUGGGGUCGAAAUGUCUCUGAUAGCAUUUCCAAGUUUCUGCAGUUCCAGCUCACUGUCAGUGUGGUGAUUGUGAUUGUGGCCUUCACUGGGGCCUGUUUUACUCAGGAUUCCCCACUGAAAGCUGUGCAGAUGUUGUGGGUGAACCUGAUCAUGGAUACUUUUGCCUCCCUGGCCCUGGCUACCGAGUCACCCACGGAGUCGUUGCUGUUGAGACAAUCCUACGGCCUCAAUAAGCCACUGAUCUCUAGGACUAUGAUGAAAAAUAUCCUGGGACAUGCAAUCUUCCAGCUUAGUGUCAUCUUUACCCUUCCCUUAGUUGGUGAAAAGCUCUUUGACAUCAACAGUGGGAGGAAAGCCCGCUUAAACGCCCCACCCUCCGAACACUAUACCAUUGUAUUCAAUACCUUUGUGCUAAUGCAACUCUUCAAUGAAAUCAGUACCCGAAAAAUCCAAGGUGAGAGGAAUGUCUUUGCAGGCAUGUACUGUCACCCCAUCUUCUGUUCUGUGCUGCUGGGCACAUUUAUCACCCAGAUCCUGAUAGUGGAAGUCGGGGGCACACCCUUUAGCUGCACACACCUUUCCUUGAGCCAGUGGCUUUGGUGUCUUUUCAUUGGGAUUGGAGAGCUGCUUUGGGGCCAGCUAAUCAACACAGUGCCUACUUCAAGACUGACUUUCUUGAAGGAGGCUGGGCAUGCCACCACCAAAGAAGAAAUCACCGAGAAAAACCUGGCUGAGGGACUAGAGGAAAUUGACCAUGGAGAAAUGGAGCUGCGCCGUGGCCAGAUUCUCUGGUUCCGGGGCCUGAAUCGCAUCCAGACUCAGAUCAAAGUCGUGAAAGCAUUCCGUAGCUCCCUCUUUGAAGGCCUUGAGAAACCUGGAACCCGAAGCUGUAUUCAUAACUUCAUGACUCAUCCCGAGUUCACCCUGGAAGAAGAUGAGCCAACAACGCCACUCCUGGAUGGUAGCGAGGUUGAAGAUAGCAAAGAGCCUGGGACAGACAGAUUCCCCAAGGCUACUGGGAGCAAAGAAGCCCCAUCUUUUCUAUCCAGCAGUGAAAACUGCAAUACUUUGGACUCUAGCCCAGUGCAUAUCACAGCAUCCGACUCAGACAGCACCUUACACAGCCUGGAGACAUCGGUUUGACCCUUAGAACUCUGACUUCCAUCCCUGAUUUCUUCCAUUUCCUCCCUUAUCUGCCCCUUCCGUGUGAUAUCCAUGUGAUAAUAGAAUUUUUUAUUGUCAUGUCAACUGCUCCUGUGUGUGCACCAUGAGUGGAUUCUCACCCAACCAUUAGAGGCAAGAGCAGACACAUUCAGGGAUGCCCAAUUGAACUUUGAAUUGGUGUUUGGGGUCAGGGGCUUCAUAGCUGAUGCAAGCAGUGCUGGGGUCUCCUCAUGUUGGGCUCUGUAAAUCAACAGUGGUUUUUGUUAGUAUGUUUUAAAGAAAGGCAACAGCCCUUGUCAGCCCCCAAAAUAAUUUCCUGUGUUUGUAGGCAUAGAACACAGGAAAACCUCUUGGCUCCUAUGAGGCAGUGUGAGCUGUUAGCUAAACAAGGAUGCAGAAGGAGAAAAAAAAUAUCUAAAAGGAAAUAUAUAGGAUUGGGGUGGGAAGGGAGGGGGGAAUGGGAUUUGUAGAAUCAGCCUAUAGAUGAUGAUUGCUUUUAAAUAAGUCUUCCAUUUUGAAAAUUUCUGCUUAAGCUCUUUAGCUCUUUAAGACCUUCCUUACCUAUCUCUUGUGAGUUCUUUUUAUCCCUUUCCUCCCCUCUUCCCUACCUCUUCUCUUAGUGGUAAUAAGAGAGUAGGGAAAAUGCUGAGUGAAUUGAGUGACCAGGUCACAGGUUGGUUUGCCUCGGUUUGACUGAACUCCCUUCUGCCUCUGGAGCCAAGGGAGACUUCAGUUCUGGUUUGUGGAACCAGUUUUGGUCCUGAAAGGAUUCCAUUUGAACAGUAAAGUACAAGCAAUUUGGGUGUGUUGUAUGUAUGUGUUUGCCCUGUUGGUGUAAUGUGCCUUCUUCUGGAAACUUCCAUGUGGUCAGAAAGGGGAGAGGCCAGUUUUUAAAUGUCAAAGAAAAAAGCCUUGACUUUGGAGGGAGCCAUGCUUUGAGUGGUAGGUAGUGUUUGCUGGGAUCUGAGCAGAGGGAGUGAGCUGGAUCUGACUUUGCUCCAGCUGGACACAUAUGAGGGACCAGAAACUGGCAGGUCUUGGGCAAGACAAGCCAUUAGAGUAGAGAUAAUCAUAUUGGGUCUUCUAUCUAGCACAACCCUUGGUACUUGCAAAGCAGUCUGCCGAGGCUCUGCUAUCUCAGGGUGUCAGGAUGGGUAAGGAGGUCAGUGUUUAAGGAGCUCUCAGGAGAGGCUGAGGAAAGUUGUUCAAGUCAGAGCCUGGGCAGGCCUUGCUUCACAGUGUUCAGAAGAUCAGGGCCUGACUGCCUAAUUACCAGCUUAGACUCCUCUAUGAUUUACUAAGUCUGUUUACUUGCAGUCCUGUGCUCUCUGAGGAGUCUCCAGCACACCCCAGAACUUAGCUUAAAAACUACCUAUUAUCAACUAGGUGCUCCAGUAGAUUUGGCUAAUUAAGGCAGCAAGAGAAGCUCACCCUCUCACCCUUGGUUCUCCACACACACCCCCCCCACCCCCAUGACCUUUUCCAGCAAUGAGCUCUAAUUGCUGCUACCCAGUAAAGCCCUGUGCCUUCCCCCCCACCCCCCACUGCCCAAAGCCUCCCCUUCCAGCCUGCCACUUGGGAGGUGGAGGCUUUGCUGAGAGAUUUUUUCUAAGUGUUUCUUAACAAAGAUGAGAUUGGAGCCGUGCUUUCUGGGAACUCCAUUUUUGUUCCUGCUGACAGUGAUGGAUGCUUUUCGGGGGGGGGGAAGGUAGGGGGGGACCUCAAAGCUCUAGUAAACUGCCAAAUCACCGAAUGCUUUUCUAAUUAUGAGGAGGCUCCUCCUGCCCCAGCCCUUCCUCCAGAAUACCUCUCUGCCAGUUUUCACUUGAGUGAGAUAAGGAAAUAAAACAUUGCUUACUCAUGACUACAUCCCCCAACACUACAUAAUCCAUCAACCUAUGAAAUAAAAGGAACUUUGGUUUGGUUUUUAAAGGUUACGUGCUUCAGCGAUCAUUUUUCCUAUAUUGAAUGAAAGUGGAAAAAAGCUCAGCUCACCCAAGGUGGAGUUAGAAGCUCAAAUAUAUGUGUGUAUAUAUGUAUACAUAUGUAUUAAAAAUACAUUGGGAGAUACUGAUUUAGUUGUCAAAUCUUAUACCUCAGAUAUGUUUAAAAACAACUCUGGAGGCUACUUUACCAUGUUCAUUCCCUAAAGACUUUCUAGGUGCCUGACAGGUUACCCUUGAGGGCCUUGUCUGCUUUCCAAAGGCAAAGGGUUUUUUUGUGUUCUAAUUUCCAUAGUACAAGAGAAAAUAUAUAAAUGUUCAAAUACAUAUAGUUUUCUUUAGAUCAGAAACUGAUAUUUUUGAGUCAGCCGUAUGUAUUUUGUUUAAAAGGAUUAAAAAUAAAGAGCUGUCAUGUGGCCCAGCUGAAGGGCUCAUGCAAACCAGCUGUUUGCUGUGACAGGUGACUUAGUAUAUAUCUUUGAUGGGUUCUAAAGGCCAAUAAAUUACUUCCUUUCUCCAAACAGCCAUCUUUGUACUUAAGAAAAAAGAAAAAAAAAUUAGUUGGGUUCUAGAGAGAUGUUUUUUAUAUAAAUUGUAUUGAUAUGGCUGGUUGAGUAAGUUUAAGCAUUUGUGUGCAUACUUUUUUAUGUAAAAUUAUUUUCAGUUUAGUUUCAGUGAUACAACUGGCAACAGGUCAAUGUGGUUUAAGUUAUUCAAGAAAAUUCCCUCCCUCCCUUCCCCACCAAAAAAUAAAAUGGUGCUUUAGAUUUGAAAUGGGUAGUGUAGGGUGGAAAGGGAUGGGGAAGAGUGAGGCUUCCAUUUUAGAUUCCUCUCUAGAUAGGUCAUGAAGCAUAAGGAGGGGGAUUAGUCUGCUAAUGGAAAGGGAAGACAAUUAGCAAGAAGCCCUGUGCCAGACGGGAGGUGAACUUCUACCCCCAGUAGUCAAUUGGGUUGUCCACUCCUCUCACAGUUUUCAGAAGUCAGGGGCCCCUUGCUGGGCUGCAAUUGGCAGAUUGGUACCAAAGACAUUGACAUCUCUUCUAGUCUGUGAGGGUGAUCUCUCUUUUAGAGUUUACAACUUCUGUGGUCUUUUCCUGCUUGCAUAUCUGAGUUUUAACAUUAAUAGAGAGGGUUUUUAACAUGGGAAUCUGAAUGCUUUCCCCCAAAAAGGUUUUGUGCUUGACAAGGAAGGAAAUAUCUACCCCAAACGGGAAAAACAAAAACUGGUUCUAGUCAUGGCUGUCAGUCUUGGGGAACUGUCUGGACAGGACUCUCCCCUGUCAUCUAUGACCCUCUUCCUCACGACCCAAGUCAAAGAAGGGAAAGUUUAUACAGUAGAAUUUCAAACCACUAAAAUUUAGAAAAGGCCUUAGCACAUGGAGCUCACAUGUACCAUGAGACCUCCUACAUGAGUCCCAUUUCCUAGCAGUCAGUGGCACCAUUCCCAAAUAUCCCUGGUCCCACACCCACCCCCUACGUCUUAAGGGACAUCUCACUGUAGCAAGAGGGGGUUACCUGUAAACCUUAUCCUUCAAUCAUUCCAAGUUUCUUUCCCUUUUAAUAGACAAAAUCCCUUUACUUAGCUCACUACCAUGUCCGUCUUAAUUUUGCCCUUUGUCAGCCCUACCACACCAUCUUCCCUUCCUAGGUGAAGUUUCCUAAGAGGAAGAUGUAUGAAGAUGAGCUCAGGUCACUCUCCCAUAACUAAAUGGGCCUUGAUAAACAUUUUCCAUAUCUAUACAUAUAUAUGCAUAUAUAUAUUAUGUGUGUGUGUGUGUGUAUAUAUAUAUAUAUGACAUAUAUAUAUAUAUAUGUAUAUAUAUGACAUAUAUAUGUGUGUUUGCCAAUGAAUCUAAUUCUUAAGGUCUUUCUUUUGCAAGCAGCAUGCAAAUAGGAGUUCUGAGUUUCUUUUUUUCCCCAGUAACUCAUAGCAAGCACUGGUAUUUUUGUAUAAAAAGCAAAAAAUAAAAUAAACAAAACAAGAGAUUAAGUAUUUGUGGUAUGCAUGACAUAAAAAGUAAAUGGUGGUUUCAAAGCAGUAUGUACCCUGGUGUGUGUGGCCAUAUUCUGCAGUUCUGCUUAACAGUACACCCAGUCUGUACCUGCACUCUGAUAUUAUUUAAGCUCUAUGUACGAUGUUUUGCAUGUAUUUAUAUGGUUCUUGGGGAAAAAAAUGGAACGAACUGUCAACGCUUCUGGAAACAUUGAAACUUAAACUUGUCAGUUCACUGAGAUGAGAAGACUGAAAGAGAGGAGACAUUUAAAUAAGAAGAGAUAAUUUUAUUUUAUUUUUGGGGGAACCAAUAAUGCUUUUUGCUAUUGAGCAGAAACAAAUGCCGCUGUACACUGAGAAUAAAAACCCCAUGCCCACUUGUAA